AUGGAGACUUUGUACUGAGUCCUGUUCUUAGUGCUGGAAUGCCCCCUGAAACUGAAGAAGCCGACCUGGGUACACAUGCAGUCAGCCAUGAUGGUGUACACUCAGGUGAUGGUGUCUUACUUUCUCAUCACUGGAGGUGUAAUUUAUAACAUUAUUGUGGAAUCUCCAUGUGUUGGCAGUAUGACUGAUGAACAUGGGCAUCAGAGGCAAGUAGCUUUCUUGGCCUAGAGAGUAAAUGGACAAUAUAUUAUGGAAGGACUCACAUCCAGCUUCCUGUUAACUAUGGGGGGAGGUUAGGUUUCAUAAUCCUGGACCUAUCCAACUCACCAAAUAUUCCAAAACUCAGUAGAUUUCUUCUAUUCAUUGAAUUAGUCUGUCCUACUGAAUUGUUUUAGGGCUAGGGUACCCUUGAAAUGAAACUGCUGGGCUAUCUGAGGGGUUAGAUUAUAUACAUAAAUACUAUAUGGUCCUCAAUAUAGAAGUAGUGAAUAUUUUUCUUUUCAUAGAGAACACUAACAGUAAUCGUUAUGGAGAUGGAACAGAUAGGCUUUUCAUCUCUCGGUUUCAGUUUUCCAUCUUUUCCAAUCAUUCAUACUCCUGAACAAUAUUACCUUUUAAAAGAAAAAAAAAAUUUGGAAUCUUUAGGGGCUUUCACAUUUUUUUCUUGUAUUCAACAUUUUACCAUUUUUGAGUUUUCUCUUCAAAAUAAGGAAGAAACAAAUUCACAAACAAGAGAAAAAUCAUUAAGAGAUGAGUUCAGAACUCUCUGUGCCCUCCAGUGUGUUAAGCUCAAGAGAGGAAAACAUGUCCUUGCUCAACGCCUAUAUUUUUAUAUUAUUUAAAAAAAAAGUAAAUACUCCUCCUGUGAUGCACUAUCAUUCUCUGAGGGAAGGAAAACAUUUAUCUACAUGUCAUUGUUCCCCUCUUUUUCACU